AUGGGUGACUGGUCCAUACUUGGCCGCUUCCUGUCCGAGGUCCAAAACCACUCCACAGUGAUAGGGAAGAUCUGGCUAACCAUGCUGCUCAUUUUCCGUAUCCUGCUGGUGGCGCUGGUUGGUGACGCUGUCUACAGCGACGAGCAGUCCAAGUUCACCUGUAACACACAGCAGCCCGGCUGCAACAACGUCUGUUACGACACCUUCGCUCCUGUUUCGCAUCUACGCUUCUGGGUCUUCCAAAUUGUGCUGGUCUCCACCCCUUCCAUCUUCUACAUAGUCUUUGUUCUGCAUAAGAUUGCCAAGGAUGAGAAGCUGGAUGGCCAAAGGGCACAGGUUAUCGCAGAGAGCCCCCCCCGACAGAGACAAAUGGGUAAGGAUGGGAUGGAGGCCCUGAGGGUCAACAUGCCCUCCUACUGUCCCCACUACAGGGAGGAAUGGGAUGUGAAGGACAGGGAAGGAGUAGAAGAAAGCCCUCUGGAGGAGCAUUAUAGCGAAGUAGGAGAGGACCCCACCCAGCAGUCCAACCAGGUUCUGCUCAUCUACAUUAUUCACGUUUUACUACGAUCUGUCAUGGAGAUCACUUUCUUGGUGGGUCAGUACUUCUUGUUUGGAUUCGAUGUGCCUCAGCUGUACACGUGUGAGACCUACCCCUGCCCCACUCGUACAGACUGCUUCGUGUCUCGUGCCACAGAGAAAACGAUCUUCUUGAACUUCAUGUUCAGCAUCAGCCUGGGUUGCUUCAUGCUCAACAUUGCAGAGCUCCACUACCUGGGCUGGGUCUAUAUUUUCCGUGUCCUCUGCUCAGCCUGCUCCACCUGCUGCAGUCAGGAGAGGGACACCGUCAGACUGUACCCAAACCACAACCCCCUCCUGCUGCAGCUCAAGCAUUCUCUGAGGGGCCAGCUGGUUCUGCAGACCCCAGCAGCUCUGGCCCAAGAGAAGACUGGAGGUCUGCUCGCACAUCCUCCGGCCAUCUCCUUCGAGACAGACUCAACUGUGGAAUGCACCUCCAAGAGAAGUCCAGAGAGCAGAGACAAAGUCAAGGUGAAACUAGCCAACAUGGCCAAGCUGGGACGGACUAAGAAGUCAUGGCUAUGA